AUGCAGAAGGGCUCCAUUAUGGAUACUUUAGAAAGCCGUCGAGCCCAAUUGGAAGACUUGGAGAUCAUCGAAGAAUCGAUCUCCUCAAGAUUCGAAAGAAAUCCAGAGAUUUUUUACUCCUACCUGGAGAAUAAGGCCUCCAUCGACAAUGAACCAUUGAAUCAAUAUACGGAGAAUGCGUCCAAAGCAAACAGGAUAUACAAACGGAACAGAUUGAGAAGAAGCAGGAAGCAGAUUGUGGUGCAGCAAAAUGAGAUUAAUAUCUUGCUGGAAGAGUCUCUGAAAAGAUUGAAAAGUUUGAGCGAUCUUGCUGGUCCUGUCAAUACAAACUCGUUAGAAGACGACGAUGCAACAUUUGAGACGUUUCGACAUAAUCUCGAUGAAAUCAAGGCAAGGUUCAAUGAGGAGGCUACGCCUCCUCGAUUCCAGCUUCGAGACAAGAGAUCAGGUUACGCCAUGUUUUCGGCAUCGACUGCCAAGGCCCAUCCGACAACAAUUCUGUCGAGAAAUGCGCAAGACUUGAAUGUGAAUGAUGUGUUCGACCGGGAGGAGCAGUAUGGUGAAAUACUGAGCCUGGAAAGGUUUCAUUCAAGAUGGUUUAGCGUGAUUCGCGACACGAAUUGCUCCCUACUAGAGUACUACGGAACACUGGAACUGUUUCUCGACGAUGCUAAGUACUUACUCUAUCCGCCAAUGGACAGGAAAAACGAGAGAUACACGGCUUACCUAAUCGAUCUCAGCAGUUAUCUGGAGAAUUUCUUCAAAAGGGCUAAUGUGCUCAUCAACCACACCCUACUCGACAGAAAAAUGCAAUCUGCGUUUAGCAAAUAUCUGAGCAAUGCCCUGGAACACGAACAGAAGGGAUGCUACUGCGUCGCAUGCUGUAAGUGGUUCAAGUUGAGAACCGUGUUCGACAGCCAUCAAAGCGGUAAAGCCCACAAGAAGAACCUCAGCAAGCGCAGCAAAGGCUUGUUGGCCGAAUACAAAGUCCAUGCAUACCUGGUUCUACUCAAGAGACAGUUCAUGAGAACAAAAGAACUGACAGAGAGAAAACUCGCCUUCACAGCCGAAGAGCGAAUGCAGGAGAUGUCUAAGUUACAUCAGGAAUACCAAGCGUCUGAAUACGCAACCGACGAACAGGAGCAAGACGACAAGACCGACGAUCUAAAAAGCGGCCGCGAUGCGAAUAAACAUGCGCCGACCAGCGGCUCCUUCGACCUGCCCCUAGGACCAGACGGCCUACCGAUGCCACACUGGCUAUACAAGCUGCAAGGUCUCGAUGUAACCUACUCGUGCGAAAUAUGCGCAAAUCAAACGUACAAGGGCCGCAGAACGUUCGAGAAGCAUUUCCUUGAGCCCACGCAUACAUUCCAUCUGAAGUGCCUCGGAAUAGAGCCGUCACUAGCCUUCAAGGGCAUCACCAGUAUCAAAGAAGCCCAGGAACUAUGGCAAAAGUCUGCUGCUCACCGGCAGGCCUCCCCACGCCGAGAAGACACUCCCCAGCAAGCCAAAAUCGAGCUGGAGGUCGAGGACCAGGAGGGCAACGUCCUCUCGGAGAAGGUAUACCAAGAAUUGAAGAAACAAGGCCUUGUCUAG